AUGGCAGCUUACGAUACCUACCAGACUUCCCUGACGGGUCGCUACUGCAGCCAGGAGCUGUCCCACCUCUUCAGCCAGCGAUCUCGUCACUCAACAUGGCGCAAGCUCUGGCUCUACCUCGCUGAGAGUGAGAAGGAGCUUGGGAUCCCCACUAUCACUGAUGAGGCUCUUGAGCAGAUGCGGGCCAACCUUGUCGUCACUGAUGAUGACUUUGAGACUGCCCGUGUGGAGGAGAAGAUUCGACGACAUGAUGUCAUGGCUCACGUCCACGCCUUUGGACAAGUCGCCCCUGCAGCCGCCGGAAUCAUCCACUACGGCGCAACAAGCUGCUUCGUCACCGACAACACAGAGCUCAUCCUCAUGCGCGACGCCCUCGACCUCCUCAUCCCCAAGCUAGCCAAGGUCCUCUCCAACCUCCAAUCCUUCGCCCUCGAGUGGAAGAACGAGCCCACCCUCUCCUUCACCCAUCUCCAGCCCGCACAAAUCAGCACUGUCGGCAAGCGAGCCGCCGCCUGGGCCCAGGAUCUCCUCAUGGACCUCAACGAGUUUGAGCGCGUCCGAGCUGAUCUCAAGUUCCGCGGUGCGCAGGGUACCACUGGUACUCAGGCCAGUUUCCUCGAAAUUUUCGCUGGCGAUCAUGAUAAGUGUGACAAGCUCAAUGAGUUGCUCUGCCAAAAGGCUGGUUUUGAGGAGUGCUAUGAUAUUUCUACCCAGACAUAUACCCGAAAGGUUGACUGUCUUGUUGCCAACGCCGUUACUGGCUUUGGUACCAGUGCUACCAAGAUUGCUUCUGAUCUGCGACAUCUUGCUACAAUGAAGGAGGUCGGAGAGCCCAGAGAGAAGGGUCAAAUUGGAAGCAGUGCCAUGGCCUACAAGCAGAACCCCAUGCGAUCUGAGCGCAUUGCCAGUCUUGCCCGUGUCCUUCAAGGAAAGGCUGCCAACUUCCAGAGCACUCACUCUACUCAGUGGAUGGAGCGAUCUCUGGAUGACUCCGCUUGCCGACGCAUGGAUAUCCCCGAGAUGUUCCUCCUCGCCGACGCCAUCACCAUCACCCUCCAAAACGUCACCGAGGGUCUCGUCGUCUUCCCCCUCAAGAUCCACUCCAACAUCAUGGCCGAGCUGCCCUUUAUGAUCACAGAGAAUGUCAUCAUGCGCCUAGUAGCCAUGGGCGUCUCGCGCCAAGAGGCCCACGAGCAAAUCCGCGUCCUCUCCUUCGAGGCCUCUCACCAGGUCCAAAGUCUCGGCAAGCCCAACGACAUGGUCGAGCGCAUCAAGAAGACCGACUUCUUCAAGCCCAUCUGGGCUGACCUCGACGAUAUGAUGAAGCCUGAGCUGUACAUCGGUCGCAGUGCUCAGCUUGUUGACAAGUUCUGCGGACCUGGUGGUAAGUUGGAGAAGAAGCUUCAGCCUUACCAGGAGGUUAUCCAGAAGGCCAAGGCUGCUGAGUUGAAUGUUUAA